UGUUUGACAGCAGCUGUUUGUUCCUUAUGCGCAGGCGGGGCGUCGUCACACUGUCGGGUUUUCUAAACCAUGUAAUUAUUUAAAAAAAAUACUACAAAAGAACAGAAAAACUAAACGAAACGGAAAAAGCAAGAGAUUGGCGGCUACAGGAAGAUUUUCCUCCACACUUCCGCUUAGUAAUCCAGAAGAAAAGCAUCGUCGGCUCUGCUGCAGGAUGUGAGAAAACCUCCUCAGAAAAGUCUGAAAACUGAUCCCAGCUGGAGCCGCUUUGAUGAGAAACAGGCGGGACGCCCAGAACAACAUGGCUCUGUUCUUCUCUGGAGCCGUUACAAGCUCUCCAAUAAAACGGAGGCUGCGCAGCUCCCAGUCCUGCCUCAGCCUCGACCAGUCCCUCCUCUCCCCCGACUCCUCCUACAUCUGUUACUCCUCGGCCGACAGCAGCCGGCCCUGCAGCUGCCGCCGUUCGCCGCGCCUCCUCACCAACGGCUACUACGCCGUGACGGAGGACAGCUUUUCGUGGGACGAGGACGGGAACGUGUCGCUGACGCCCUGCAAGGCCAGCGUGUCCUACAAGGAGAACCACGUGAGGGUUUUCCGGCGCCGGCGCCGCAGACUGCGCCGCUCUCUGGUCCAGCUGCUGAGCGAUGUGACGGAGAGCUGCCAGUCCUGGUUCGAUCAGAACGUCUUCGGAGGCCUGUACACAACCAACCAUCAGCAGGACCAUGACAAAGACCCAGACCUGGAUCCCCACCGGGAUCUUAGUUUUUCGUGGAGCGGUGGGUUGGGCUCCGCCCCACUGGACGAGUCUCUGUGGUCAGAACCACACAGCACCAUGCUGGACGACAGCUGCAGCUUCACCUAUGACCUGACAGAAGCCCCGCCCCCUCAUGGUAAAGAAGCCACGCCCCCAAAGCUGCUCAUCCAGGAGGAAAUUUGUUCUGAAAUCAGUCAAUCAAAAGAGCGGUUCAUCCGCUCUGUGGGCGGACUCGCCGAGGUCCCGCCUCCUCUUUCGUUCGUCAGCAGCUGCUGCUGUCAGGCAGCACCUGAGCCCAUAGGGAUCACCAUGACGGCCUUCCUCCUGCUCAUCCUCACCAUCUUCAUCUUCACGUCUCUGUUCUCGGGGUGUCUGUGGUUCAGCGGCGCCGUGGCCUCAGUCGUCUUCAUGAGCGCAGCCGCCUUCAUGUUCCUUUCAAAGUCUGGGCCGAUGGGCGAGUGGAGGAGGGCGAAGACAGAGGACAUCACAUCCAGGAACGAGUGAGGACAGACGUCUGCUCAUCUGCGGACAGCGGGAACGCUCUGAUGGGACUUCACGGGGAGGAUGAGGAGUUGUUGUGUCUCUUUUUGUUUGCAUGUAAGUUGCACUUAAAGGGCAAAAAAGUUCUGGAAGUUUUCACCUCAAUCAGCGUCCAGACAUGGGCCAAGAGGAGAAGCAGCGGGAUGUGACGCAGAAAGAGCUCAAAGACUGAAUUAAAGCAGCUCAGAGAAGCUCAUGUCAAACACAGCCAAGUGUAUCUUCUGGGGUUCGGGCUUGAAAGUUGCUUUUUGGGCGUCCAAAGUGACCAAACGUCAGGGAAACGUCGACUCAGCCUGCUUUCCAAUCUGAGCUGAGACUUUUUCUACAAACCAAAUGCACAAAAACUUCCUGGAUGUUACUUGUUUUCACAAACAAAGCCUUUUUUUUAGUAGACAGAAAUUAAAUGGAGAGAUUUAAAGAGAAAAAAAAGCAAGACAGUUUUACUCCUGUUUAUUAUUUAAAGAUAAAAAAUCCUGACCUCUGCCUUUAUGCUUUUGGAUUGUUUCUCCACAUUUACGCUUUUAUUUUGAAACAAUUCCAUCUUGACAGAAGCAAUAACUUCUAAAAAAAAAAAACCCGCAAGUUACAGCUGGAAGUUUUUUUCUAGACAAAAAAAAGUAAUGCUAGUCUCAAAUGAUGAAAAAUCAGAAGAGCUGAGUUCAGGUUUUUCUGUUGGCUUGCUUCCGCUCUUCUCCCUGUUUGUGUUAUUGUCCAUUUAGACCAGAAAAGCAUUUAAAUCUUUAAUUUUUCAAUCUCCAGAAUCAUUUUUUCACCUGUCAGUCAACAAUUUGAUCUACAGUAUCUAUUAGAAUGUGUUAGUAUUAUAAGAUAAUGGAUUGAAACUGCAGCAUCAGGAGCUAGAGAUCAUUAUAAAGUGCCAAAUGUCUUUCAUACCACAUCACAUCUUUCUAAACAAAAAACAUCAAAUCUAAAUGUUCUAAAAAUAUCUCUGCUUUGUGUUUAACGUUGCACCUACUAACAUCCGUAUAAUCAACAAUUUUCUGCCUCGUGUUUCUUUUUAAAAUCAGUUUUUUGUAGAAGACUCAGAGAUCAGUUUUAACCUGCUGCCCCCUGGUGGCCUGAAUCCAACAGUGCAGGUAAAAAAAAACAAUUUGUUUGAAGUAAAAAUGAAAAAAAAAGUGUUAAAUGGACAGAAAGUGGAUGAAAAAAAACUGUCAAAAUAACACAUUUAAAAAUAGAUUCACCAGAUUUUUCUUCUUGUGUAGCACUGAACAUCCUUUGUUUAUAUUUUUUUAAUUGACGGCACUUGUUUCCAAAGUCGGAAAUGUGAGACUCUACUGAAGUGGCACUUAAUAUUAUUAUUAUUAAUAAUUUGCAGAUGUUUUUAAAUAUUUCAGCUUUGAAUCCUACAGCUAUAUCUUUAACUAAAAGCUAUCAGGACUAAAAAGGGUAGAUAAAUAAAAAGGGUUAUUAGAGCGAGGAUGAAGUCCUCCUUUAUUGAUCGCUGCAUGGCGAUGAGGAAAUGACUUUUUUGUGGAUUUUAAAGAUUUAACUUUCACAUUUUCUAAGCACUUGUAGCUUUUAUGUGUGUUAGUAAACAUUUGUACUUUAAGUGAACAAUUAAGCAAUUAAAUUCAUUUCUAAAACCAAA